AUGUUGGGACUUCGCCAAAUUAGACAGUAUCCUAUUCAUAGAAGUCGUUUAAUCAACUUUCGUCGAUUCAACUCAACAAACUCGAAAAAACCCGAACAAGAAGAAGAAAACAGUCAGUCUCUGGAGCACAAGAAUAUACCCUCAAAGCAAGAUGAUAAAACUGAUGUUGGGUCAUUUAAUAUAAAACCAACAACAUCAAGAUCAGCACCUGCUCCUAUGGAAAAUACAGGUAUUGAACAAUUAAUGCACAAAGACAAUAAACCAUAUAUUCCCAAAUUAAAGCAUAAAAGAGUAUCAUUUGAAUAUCCCAAUCUACCAAAUCAAGAUGAAUAUACAAAUUUGAUUGAAAAACCAAAAUCAAUUACUCGAUGGACAAGAUAUGUACCGAAAAUAUUGACAGUGAUUGUAUUAGUAUGGUCAGGGUAUGCAUACCAUGUAUGGAUGACAGAUACCGAAGAAGGUGAAGAUAGUUCAGAUUUAUUAAACCCCGAAGAGUUCCACAAGUUUAUUGUUACCCACAAGGAGAAAAUCGAUGAUGAUCAUUAUAUUAUUGAGAUAACUCCUAAAUUUUUCCAUUGGGAGUAUAGUCAUGGAACCGAUCCAGAGGGGAAGAGUUUAUGGAAGGGUGAUAAAUUCUGGUCAGUAGAAAUCAAACAACCAGAUAUCAAUGUAGUCAGAUCUUAUACUCCUUUACCAUUAUAUUACUUAAAAUCUGAGUAUACCCGAUCUGGUGAAAAAGAACCUUUAUUGAAAGUCAUCAAUCCUGAAAUAGACGAAUAUGAUAGACAUGGCACAAUGUGUCUUUAUGUUAAGAGAUAUAAUGAUGGUGAAGUUUCCAAGUACAUAACUGAUCGUAACGUUGGCGAAGAGUUGGAAUUAAGGGGCCCCAAUAUUGAAUAUAAAUUUCCUUAUCAUCCUUUACAUAAAUUACACAAACGUCCAAUUUUCAAAGAUUUGCCUUCUAAAGUAGAGGCUGAUAAUAUGAUAGAAACCGUUAAACGAGUAAAUAAUUUACCUGAUGUCGAUAAUAUUGUAUUUUAUGCAGCUGGUACAGGUAUUGCACCAAUAUUACAAGUAUUAUUUUCGAAAAAACCAUAUUUGGGACAUGUUGAUAUUCAUUAUUCUGCAAGACAUCCAGGCGAAUUAGGUAUUUUACAAAGAUUUUUGUUAUUCUUGGAUAAAUUAGAUCGAAUCAAUAUCACUUACCAUUAUGACGAUCAACCAAAGACUGUUUUGAAUGCUAAAGACAUUAAACCACCUGGUAUACCAAAUUACAUCACUCCAAAAACUUUAGAAGAAAAAUCUAAAUUUUUAACUGGGGAUGAAAUUGAACAAUUAAGAUUACAAAAAGAACAACAAGGAAAGUCGUUUGAUUCAGAUAUGACGACAAAAUUGGUUCAAAAACCAGAAGAUAGAGGAGAAGUAUUUGAAAGUGGAUUGCACCAAGCGAGCAAAACUAUUCAACUCCCCAAAAAGACGGCCAGUUUAGCGAUUGUAUGUGGACCUGAAGGAUUUGUUGAUUAUGUUGCUGGAUCAAAAGAUUUGGUUAGAAAUAAACAAGGUCCAAUCAGUGGAUUGUUGGGAGACAAAAAUUGGGAUAACUCAAAUGUAUAUAAACUAUAG